UACACCUGACGAAUAAUGCAAAACCGUUUGGUCACGUAAAGUCCAUAUACACGUAACAUAUGUCGCGCACCCUAAAUUUGCUAUAAAAACUAUACUACAAUUUUGUCAAACAUAUUCAUUCCAUCUUCUAACCCUAACAUCAAACAACAAAAUAACGCAUAAUGAAUAGAUUCAUUUGCACCUUUGCCGUAAUUGUCGCCGUUGCCAAUGGCUACUCAGUAAGCGGUGGCAGCCGCGGUUAUGGCUCUGGUGGUGGUGGCGGCUCCUCCUCGAUCGCUGGAAAUGCCUAUCAAUUGCUGCCAGCCGUUUCGGUGCAAACGAUUGCUGCGACUGGAGGUAGCUCGGCCGGUUAUGGUGGCUCGUCGGGCGGUUAUCGCAGUUCGGCGGGUGGUUAUGGUGGCUCCUCGAGCGGUUAUGGCAGUUCCGCUGGUGGUUAUGGUGGUUCCUCUGGUGGUUAUGGCGCCGCGAGUGCACCAUCUGUUGAUAUCAAUAGUUUGCUGGCUGCAGUUGGUGGUGAUCUUAGUGCACAACAAGCGGCUCAACUCGCCUUAUCCUUACCUUCCGCCGGCGGUCCACUUAUUGAUACCUCAAUUGCUUAUGGUAGCAGUAGUCAAGGUUCCUAUGCUAGCGGCGGCAAUUUAGCUUAUGUUAUUGCCCCUAGCGGAGGUUCUUACUCUGCUCCAGCCCCAGCUCCAGCUUCAUAUGCUGCACCUGCUCCUGCUCCAGCUCCAGUCGUCUAUGCAGCACCUGCUCCGGCUCCAGCCGCCUAUGCAGCACCUGCUCCAGCUCCAGUCGUGUACUCAGCUCCUGCUCCAGCUCCAGCCGCCUAUGCAGCACCUGCUCCAGCUCCAGUAGUGUACUCAGCUCCUGCUCCAGCUCCAGCCGCCUAUGCCGCACCAGCUCCAGCUCCAGUCGUGUACUCAGCUCCUGCACCUGCACCAGCUGCUUACCAAGCUCCAGCACCAGCUCCAGCUCCAGUCGUGUACUCAGCUCCUGCACCUGCACCAGCCGCUUACCAAGCUCCAGCACCAGCUCCAGCUGCCUACGGUGCUGCUGCUCCUGCUUCAGGCCGCGCAUCAGCACCUGCCGCAGCCCGUCGUCCAUCAGCUGCCGCAGCCGUUAGCUACAUUUCGGGUGGCAGCAGCAAUGCUGCCUCCGCACCCGCUGCAGCAGCUGCUCCAUGUUAUUGCGGCGGUAAAAAACCAAACAGAACAACUGCCAAAAUGCAACGUUUCAUCUGUGCUUUCUUCUCGGUGCUGGCACUGGCGCAUGCCCUUCCUUAUGGCGGCGGCAGCAGCAGUAGCAGUGGCAGUUAUGGCGGCAGCAGCAGUGGCGGUUACGGCGCGCCAGCAUCCGCUCCAUCUUAUACCAGCGGUGAUGUAAUUGUGUCACAGGAACCCGCAGUCUUGUAUAACAUUCCUGCACCAUCGGCUUGGAAUCUAUCGCCAGCUGCAGCAGCAGGUCCAGUGCUAACCCCAGUUGAUGCUAGGACUAUUUCAGGAUCUGGUACGGCAUCAUCGUUGAUUGGCAUCUCAUCGCGUCCAAGUGCCAUCGCUGCUGCGGCUUCUGCCAAUGUGCCUUUGAAUGCUGGUUCCUACAAGCUAUUGAUUGUACCCUCCUAUGAAGUGCCCAAUAUUGUGGGACCUGAACCUGCUGUGCCCAAGUCGCCUGCUGGUGGCAGUCGCGCUCAAGGUUAUGGCGGCCAGGGCUAUAGCGCUCCGGCUAGUCAAGUGUUAUUAGUACCAAUUGUGGAAGAAGCCAAAGAAGUUCCAGCAAACGCGAACCAUCCACACACAAUGCACAGCAAUAUGCAACAGUUCAUGUGUCUUUCUUUGGCGCUUUUCGCCUCCGUUGCUGUGGCACAUCCGUAUGGACAAUCGGCGCCUUCGUAUGGUGCUGCACCAGCGCCAAGUGCAGGUUAUGGUGCUGCACCAGCACCCAGUUCAGGUUAUGGUGGUGGCGCCAGUAGCGGCGCUAGUACAGUGCAGCAAGUCAGCUUGGCCGGUCUCGCCAAUUUGGUGAAUAUCGAAGCGAUUGAGAGAUAUUUGAAUGCGCCAGCCCCAGCUGCCCGUGGUAGCGGUUCAUAUUCUCAAGCUAAAUAUGUUGUAUCCGCCUCAGCACCCACUGCCGGUCCCGUCAUUUCUUCGAGUUACAGUGCUGCGCCAGCUCCUGCAGCCCCUGCAUCUUCGGGUGGUUAUGGUGCCUCAGCUGGACCCGCUCUUUAUGUGAACGAAGCACCAUCUAUCAGUUACUCCGCACCCGCUGCCAGUUAUUCAGCACCCGCUCCAGUCGCCAGUUAUGCCGCUCCCGCUCCAGUCGCUAGUUACGCUGCUCCCGCUCCAGUAGCAAGCUAUGCUGCACCAGCUCCAGUCGCUAGUUAUGCCGCUCCUGCUCCAGCUGCUAGUUAUUCCGCCCCUGCUCCAGCUUCAUCUGGUUAUGGUGGUUCAUCUUCUGGCAGUGCUCCCCGUUAUACCGUCCUUCCAGCUACUGUUACCCAGAUCAACGCUGGCAAGACCAGUUACAAAACCUAUCAAACUCCUAUCCAAUACAGCACCGUCACACUUCCAGUUGCUGCCUCUGGCCCCGUCGCCAAUUUGUAUGUACCUGAAAACGCCGGUUCAUCUGGUAGCUCCUACGGCGGUUCAUCUGGUUAUGGUAGCUCUGGUAGCUCUAUCAGCUCCUAUGGUGGUUCAAGCUAUUAAGUUUAACUCAAAAUAGCAGUAAAUUUAGUUAGUAUUACUAAUUUGUGUGCAUGCGACCAGUUAAAGAAUUCCAAAUUCAAAAUUUUUAUUUGAGAGCGUUUUGUGUAAAAAAUUGUCUGAUAAAAGUUUGGAACAUGUUUUGAUAUAUUUGUUUUUUGGCUAAUAAAUAAAUUGUUUUUAAGUUGAAUUAAAAUGGUUUCCUAGCGAA